AUGGAAGUCAACGCCGAAGCCAGACGGAUCCUGGCGGUGUCGAUAAGUAAAUUGUACGCUUCCAGGACUCAGAGAGGCGGACUGAGACUCCACCGGAGCCUCUUGCUCUCCCUGGUUAUGAGGUCUGCCCGGGACAUCUAUCACUCCUCCCGGGAGAGCGAGGGGCCAACUCCGGAAGAGCCGAUGGAGACAAGCUCCGGCGCUGAGGACGAACAACAACAAGCCGGCCUGCCUGAGCCCCAGCCGGCACUGGUGUCCUCUGAGAAGCUCCCAGAGGAGCCGGACAGCGCUGAGGAGGAGUGUGAAACCACAGAGGACAAAGAGAACCUGAGCCCGACGAGGCAGUCCAGGAAACGCCGGGGUAAGGCGUCGGCGGCGCCUGACUUCCUCCCCAGCAAGAGGGCGAGGUUGGAGCCCGGGGAAGAGAGGUAUGCGGCCCCGCUAAGCAGCUGUCGCGCCGGGGCAGGGGACUCCCUGACCGCUUUGUCUCUAAAUCGGGUUAUACCUGCCUGCUGAACAGAUGGAGGGAGAAAAUAGCCUCCAAUGGGACUUUGGAGCAGAGUGAUUCUCGACUCCUCAUUAACCUACAAGGGCGAUUGGAUCCCUUUACGCGCCGAGGAGCUGACCUACAUCGGCCAGUCCCAGGACAAAGGGAUUACCGGAGCCAUGGUGCGAGCUGUCCGGUCGACCUGA